CAGCGCAAGAUGCGGCUGCAGAUGGAUCUGGAGCGCCAGGCGGCUAAUGCCGCUGAGGCAGCUGGCAUGCCGUACGGAUCCCUCCACCGCCCCUACGCCGCUGAUUGCACCCUGCCGACCCAAGCAGGGGUCGGGACGCAGUCGGGGACCGCUGCCGCCACCACUGCUGGAGCUGGUGGCGGUGCUGCUGGGGGUAGCGGUGCAGGCGGCCGAGGAGAAGGAGGCGGCGGCGGUUUUGGGAAUGGUGUGGAAGGAAGCCGACGGGUUAGGGCCGGCGUUGGUUCCGGAGGGGUGCCAGUGGGUGCUUCUCCCAUGGAUUGGGAUGGGGAGGGUACAAGGCGGAUGGGUGGAGAGGCGGAUGGCGAGGUGGAGGGGGCAGUUAUGGAUACGGGAGACAAGGGCGAGGAAGGAGGAG